AGAAAAAAAAAUCCAUUACCAUAGCCCUGAGACAGUAUUAUUCAAAAUCUUUUUUAAGCUAUUACACAAAAUGGAUCGUUUGUGAAAACUGAGAAGAUUCUUAAAUGAUUCAGUUUCCGGGUGUAAACAAAAUCGAAAAAAGAAAGUAACUUUGGAGGUUUGGUGUAAAGGGUUCUUCAUCUGCUCCAUCCUUACGAACCCGUCGCGGAGGACCUUAAUAGCACCCACCAUCUCUGGCACCGCAAUCCCUCUUCACACCGCCACUUGGCACCAUCCCAAGGGGAGGAGGGCUGUAGAAAAACUUAUUAGACGAUGUCGUAUGGUGCUGUUGUGACACACCAGUCGGGAUCUUGCACCUCGCUCAUUCAAUCAAAUCAGCGCGUGGCACUACCAUCUGUUGACGGUAGAGGAAGAAUAAUGAGAAGUGGUGAGGCAGUCAGAGAAAUGGAAAUGGGUUCAGUGGUGGUUGAAAAAGUGGGAGGCAGAUCAUCUGUCACAAGUUGCUUCUCAAGAUACCCCCUCAAGUUCAUCAUACCCAAAAAGGUGGGUUCUUCCAAAACAGAUGCUGUAUGGGUUUAUGCCCUCAACUAUGGAGGUGGAAUUGUAUCUGGUGACAACAUUUCAUGCAAAUUUUCUGUGGGAGAUACAUGUACCAUGGUGUUAACCACCCAAGGUUCCACUAAGGUUUACAAAUCUGUGGGAUCCAAGUGUUCUCAACAAAUAUUAGAGGCUAGAGUUGGAAGCAAUGCACUUUUAGCUAUCAUUCCAGAUCCAGUAACAUGCUUUUCCACUGCAAGAUACUGUCAGAAACAAGUCUUCUGUGUGUUGCCAGACUCAAAUUUGGUCAUGGUUGAUUGGAUUACAAGUGGGCGCCAUGAAAGUGGAGAAAAAUGGGAUUUUGAUCUAUAUAGAAGCACUAAUAAUAUAUUCUUAGAAGAUGGUCAACCUUUAUUUCUGGAUACGAUGUUAUUAGACAAAGAAAAAAUUGGAUGUGUACAAGAACACAUGCACAACUACCAAGUAAUUGCAAUGAUUGUACUCUUGGGGCCAAAGAUGCAGUAUAUCCAGAAUCUUGUGCAAGAUCACGUGAAAAAAGUUAUGUCUGAGCAAUUACAGCAUCCUUCUGCUGCUUGGAGUCACCAAAGAGACAAGGCCGAUCAUUUUAUUACAAAACCAAGCUUCAUAGCUUCUUGCAGUGCCUUUGGUCCUAAGAAAAUUGGUCUUCUUGUUCGAGUGGCUGCUGAGACAACUGAAUCAGUUUACAAGUUUCUACGGCAUCAAUUGGCUCCCUUGGAGCCAAUGAUAGGGGUGCCACCAUACAGAUAAAGUGAAGUGUUCUCUGAAAUAAUAUUAGUUUUAAUUGCAGAGCUAUAUGUAUUAUAAUUUUACAUUCCUUUUAUUCAUGUAUAUUUUAUUUUUAGUUAUCAAUCUACCAUAUAUAUUAAGGACCCAGGUUUUUAAUUUCUGUUAAAGGAUCAAACUUCUCUUGCAUUCCUAGUUAUCUUUUUUUCCUUGGGGCUAGGGCAUAUUACAAAACUUAAUUUGAGAGAAUUUGGCAGUCA